UCAAAGCACCCUACGUCAGACGCUCGAGAUAGGAGGAGAAACUCUUUCCUUAUUUAGAACAUCGUCCAAAAUGUCGCUGUCGGGGAGGGUUUGUAUCGUGACUGGUGCCUCCCGAGGAAUAGGGAGGGGCAUAGCGCUACAGCUGGGGGAGGCGGGCGCCACUGUAUAUAUCACAGGAAGAAAACUGGUGGACUCCCAGGGCGACCCCACCGCUGGAACACUAAAAGCCACCGCCAGCGAGGUAGAAUCCAGGGGUGGAAAAUGUAUCCCUGUGCAGUGUGACCAUUCAAAAGAUGAAGAAAUUGCUGCUCUCUUUGAAAAAGUAAAAACGGAACAAAAUGGCCGACUGGACAUCCUGGUUAACAAUGCAUAUGCUGCCGUUCAGGCCAUAUCAGAGUAUAUGGGAAAACCUUUCUGGGAGCAACCUUUGUCCAUGUGGGACACAGUUAACAACGUUGGAUUAAGAAACCACUAUAUGUGCACAGUUUAUGCUGCAAAAAUGAUGGUUCCGAGAAAAAGUGGUCUGAUUGUGAACAUAUCGUCUGCUGGAGGUCUGGCCUAUCUCUUCAAUGUGGCCUACGGAAUAGGCAAGGAAGCGUGUGACAGGAUGGCCGCUGAUUGCGCAGUAGAACUAAGGAAGCACAAUGUAGCCCAUGUCAGCAUUUGGCCAGGGCCUGUCAUCACCGAACAUGUGGAUGAUAUGCUUAAAGCCAGCCAAAAUGCAAAACAGAAGCAAAUGUUUGAGGGUGCCGAGUCAGUGGAGUUUACAGGCAAAUGUAUCGUUUCACUAGCAAAAGAUCCUAACUUGAUGAGUAAAUCAGGGAGAAUUUUGAUGACACCUGAGUUGGGCAGAGAAUACAACUUAGUGGAUGUUGAUGGUCGUGUAAUCAAUAGCAUGAGACAGAUCAACUGGUUGUUAGGACGCAAUCCUAGCACCGCUUGGGUACAGAGGUGGUUGCCCAAUUUUAUAAAGAUGCCUUUUUGGAUGUUUGCCUUAAAAGGAAGCAAGUUCUGAAUCGGAAUGAAAAAGCUUUAAAAAGUGUCACAGAUGAGGCAUAAUGCUCAUCUUUAAACAAAAUAUAUGUAUGAAUUUAAAGACACAUUUAGUGCCAAAGUAUAUAUCUCGUAUUCUAAUACAUGUACCGUUAAAUCUUUCUAAAGCUUAAAUUAUUUUUGUCGAACAAUACAGACUUUUUAUACAUGUUCUUAUUUUCAUAUAAAUGUCACUCAAAAAGAUAAGAUAUACAUGUUUAACAAGGGUGCUAUACAUUCCAUAUCAUGCUUUUCAUUCCUUAUUCAGUAUUGUGAUAUAUACUGUGUAGUGUUUAAUCAUAAGAAAAAAAUCAAGUUUAUACUACUUAUAUAUUACCUCAUGUUUUUUUUAAAGAUAGUUUUUAUUUGGAACGAAGUGAUAGUGUAUAAUAAUAUUCUGUUCCUCUGUACAUGUUAACAAUAUCAAAUCUUGUACAGUUUAUGAGCAAUGGACAGGGACUAGUGUUGGAGAUUUAAGAACUGAUUCUUCUCCUGUGCCUUUCAAACUAUCUUUCAUAAUGAUCAAUUUCUUUUUUUAAGAUUUCAAGUUUGCUUGAUUUGUUUUUGUUAUUGCAUUUUCAAAUGAUGAUUAAAAUAUUAAAUCUGCCAAUA